AUGGCUUCCAAGGCUUUUGGCUUGCUCCGGUCCUACAUCUCGCGCGGCCCGUCCGAGGCGCAGCUCGCGGCGCGCGAGAGCCUCCCGCGGCUGCAAACCAUCCCGUACAGCCACUACUGCGAGCUGGCUCGCUGGGCGCUGGAGCGUGCCGGCGUCGGGCACCACGAGUCGACGCAUUUGCCUGCGCUGGGCUUCCGCGUGGCCGACCUCCGAGGCAAUGCCCACCUCUCCGAGACGGGGUCGUUUCCCGGCGACGCCACCCACACCGGCAAGGACGCGAUCCGACGGCGGCGGACGGCG